UGGGUGUGACAAACACUGGCUCCCGGCCCCUGCCCCGCCUCCAGUCCGGAGCCAUGGAGCCCGGGACGGUGAGCUGGGGUGGGGGGUAGAAGAGGAGACAGGGAGACCCCCAGGGAACCAGAACCGCCAGGAGGAGGCAGGGAGACUCGAAGGCUGGAGGGGUUGGGGAGAAGACUGGCGAUCUGGGACAAUCAACAAGGUCUUAGAGCCCUGAGAGGGGACAAUGGUGGUUGGUGUGAAACGGAAACACCCAGAUGAUCAUGGAGAUCCAGGAGAGAUGGAUACUGGCAAGGAGCCACAAGAGCAGUCCCCCUCCUCCCAGGCCAUCCUGUGCCCAGCCCUACUUCGACUUUCACUGGACAAAUUCCAGCUAGGCCCCCCCAACCUCCUUCGGCAAGUGCUUAUCACAAACACCUUAUACCACUUCAGGGAAGAGAUGAACUUGGAAAGGGGUCCAGCCCAACUCCAGGGCCCCAGAGAGGAGCUGCUUUUCCCUUUACCUGAACAACCAGUUAACAACUUCUUCAGAGAGCUGGAGGUGCUCCGGGGCUUAAGAGCCACCCAAGAUGACGGUGAGCCCCCAGAUCUGAGUUGUAGACCUUCCUCUGCCCCUGACCGGUUGAGUGACUGCAAGCAAAUACCUUCCCCUCUCUGGGCCUCAAUUUCCCCAACUGUCAGAGUUGAGGAGCCUAGCCUGGGCAGCUUUGAGACUGUGAGUGACAGGUACCUUGAAGACCUGGUUCCUGAUAACUUCUUCCCUAACACUGAUACCUCAGAUGUGGAAAUGGAACCUUGUUCUUCAGUUUUUGCCAUUGCUUCCUCCUCUGGGGCAACCUGCUCCCCAGGGCAGUCUGAGGUUGGAUGGGACUGGACUGAACUGGACCAAAUCUUGGAAAUCAUCAAGGGGUCAUAAGUCUGUCUGGGGGGCAGGACCCAAAUCCCCAAGCUCGGACCCUGAACCCUUCCCUUCAGAUAUUCCAUUAUCUCUGGAGAGCUCCAAGAAAAAGAUUUUGUAUCUCAGGAACCCGGGGUGAAGCUUCCUAGUGACAUGGGAAAGCCUCAUCUCUUCCGUACUUCAGCUCUGGUGUCAGUGCCUGCUGAUGGCAGAACAACUGAAUAUAUUUCUCUUUCCUAAUGACUUGAUGGAAUUCUGGUCCCCAUCCUUCAUCCUUUGGCAAUUGGAGCUUCUGUGGUGGAAUCCUUUCUCUCUGCCUAGGUUCAGUCACCAGGCUCCCCCUCCUCCAGAUCUCUCCUUGGCAACCCUAAGAUAUAGUAGUAGGAGUAUAGUGUUCUUGGUCUUUUGGGUCCCGGUGUUUUUCCCCUGAAUUGGCUUCUGGUCUGAGGAAGAAGUUGAGAAACUGCCUGGGGGAAGGUGGGGGCAGGGCAGAGCUGAAGGGCUUCUGGGGAGACAAAGUCCAGAUCACCAGGAGGAGAGGCCCCAAACCAAGCACCUUCCUCCCCCUUCCACCUAACUCCCAAGGUUGACAGGUACGGAAAGAGUUCACACUGGCAUCUUCUUUCCCCACCUCACCCCAGGGUCUGGCCAUAACCGGGAGUGCACCCCUUUAUCCUCAUCCACGCCCUCCACCCACCCCCCAACCCCCAAAGUGGCCUUGAUAAAGUUAAAUAGGACCCAAGGGAUCUCUAUCCGCGCUCGAACUUUGGGGCGCUAUUUUUAAAAGGCCUAUUUCACCUGGUUUUUGUGAAUAAAAGUUUCAAAUUCCA